AUGAGCACGGCGUUUCAUCCUCAAACGGAUGGGCAAACCGAAAGAACAAUACAAACGCUUGAAGAUAUGUUAAAGGCGUGUGCCAUUGAUUUUAGCGGGAGUUGGGAAGAUCACUUGCCCUUGGUGGAAUUUUCAUACAACAAUAGUUAUCAUGCCACCAUCCAAAUGGCACCUUUUAGAGCAUUAUAUGGUAGGGUGUCACCAUGGAAGGGUGUUAUCCGUUUUGUGAAGAGAGGCAAGCUCGGACCAAGGUAUAUCGGUCCUUUUAAGAUUCUUGAACGUGUUGGGAAGGUCGCUUAUCGAUUAGAAUUGCCACAAGAACUUGGUGGAGUACAUGAUGUUUUCCACAUUUGCAACCUACGCAAAUGCUUGGCGGACCCGACACAACAUGUACCUAUGAAUGAGAUUCGGGUGGAUAAGAAUUUAAAUUUUGUGGAGGAUCCGGUAGAGAUCUUGGACCGUCAAACCAAGAAGCUCAAGAACAAGCGUUACACAAUUGUGAAAGUUAGAUGGAAUGCUAGACGCGGGGUCGAGUUCACUUAG